AUGAUCAAUCGCCGCAUAGAAGUGGUGUCUGAAAAAUCGCGGCGUUUUUUGGAGCAGGCUCAGUUACUUUGUCAUGAAUCUAAUAAUCAGUUGUCCUUGGUGAAGACGAGAAUACGGGAUUGGCACAAAUACAGAUCGAAACUGCUUUUUCUGUUGGACUGCAUCACGGAGCAAUGUACUUAUUUGACCAAUGUGCUGUUGAAGAACGGUAUCGGGAAAAAACUCAUCGAAAAACAGUGGCGCCAGACGAUUCUUGUUGAUUUGGCAGAUGAAAUGGAACGCUGGCAGAAUGACAUCCAAAGCACGAUUAAAAAACUGGACAGUGUGGAAAAUUCAUUAGAAAAAGAGCAGAACUCUAGUCUGGGCGAUUUUAUCUCUAGGGAGAACUCUCAUGUUCUUGACGAUAAAAUUAACGAACUCCCAGUCAUAAGAAAACAGGUCGAAAACAUCUCACGACAAUACCAGCAAACGUUAAAUAAGGUUCAGGCUCAACUGGUCGAGACCAGACUAAAAAAAGUGGAAAAAGAAUUCGAUGUUCAAUUAGGGGAUCACAAUGAAAUGAAUCUAAAAUUAGACGAGCAGUUUACCAUGGAAGCAGAACAACGGGUUCACGAACUUGCUGAUUUCCUCAAGGCGUUCACUGACCAUUUUGAUAAAUGUAGUAUCUUGAUGUCAGGAUCGCUCACGCCAACUGAAAGCAAAUCGCUUUACGAGAUAGUCGAGCGCGACGACAAGGAACUUCCUGCGAUCGACACGGCUUUGCAGGAAGCUGCCAGGGAGGCACACAGUUUUGCCGAAGAGGUCAAUGCGAUUUUGGAUACAAAAGAGUCGGAAAAGGCCCAACUCGAGACUUCGGUGAUGAAAAUUCUCACAGAGUUGCAGAAACACGAGGAUUAUAUAUCCGUGUUCGAAGGAAUUUCUAAACUAAUAGACAGGUUCAAAAUCUCGUGUCUGGAUAGCGUGCGUCAAACCAAGGAAUUACUAGGUUUUUACGUUAACUUCGAAAACAGCUAUUACAAGCUGCUAUCAGAGGUAAAGAGACGACAAGGAACAGCAGAAAAAAUGGCAGAAAUUUUAAAAAACUGUGAGGAUCAACUGAAGAAACUGGACGCGGCUGACAUACGAGAGCGUCAAAUGUUUUUACUUGAGAAUGGUGAUUAUCUCCCCGAGACCAUUUGGCCCAACGAAAUCGGUAAUCUUUCAUCUCUGUACACCCUUGAUUAUGAGGUAAGAGAAGUUUGA